AUGUCGAACAUCAUCGGCAACCGUAAUAGCACGCCUGAGGCGUCGACCCUCACGGGCUCCACCCUCCGCCCGCCCACUUCUCGCACGCUCGGGUCUGGUCACCACCUGCGUGCGUCCGCCGACAUGGGCGCCUUCUCUGCGUCCUCGAGUCUCGCCAACCGCGGCAUCCGUCCCUCGUCGGAGGUCUACUUCAAUCAGUUCCAGCAGGGCACGAACGCGGGCAAUCCUGAGGAUGCCGCGGAAAAAGCAGCGCAGCAGUGGAUCGCCGAUAUCGAUCAGUACGAGACAACCCUGGAAGAGAUGGCCGCUGCCACCCUCGACCAGGACUUCAAGGACGAGCUGAGCGCGAUCGAGCAGUGGUUCCGUGUGCUCAGCGAGCCUGAGCGCACCGCCGCCCUCUACGCGCUCCUGCAGCAGACCACCCAGGUCCAAAUUCGCUUCUUCAUUCAGGUCCUUCAACAGAUGGCCAAGAGCCAUCCCAUGUCCUCUGUCCUCUCACCUGCAGGUUUUGGUGAGAAGGACACCAUGUCCUCACGUAUGAACGAUGCCAUGAACAAACUCAACGUCGAGGGGUCCCGCGGGUCCUUCGGCUUCGGGAACAAACCACCACCAUCGCCGGGCGGCGCCAAGCGCAUGUCCGGCCUGGAUCCGACCACCAUCAAGUCGAUGUUCCCCGACGCGGCCAACGCGAUCGAGGACCAGAAAGCCGAGUUCCAGAAGACCACCGGGAACGCUCCUCCCAAGUCCAACCGGAACAGCACGAUCGGCGACCGCAACUCUUACGCCGCCACCCUGGAGGACGAUUCGAAGAAGAACGGAUCCUCUGGCAUCCCGGCCGGGCCGUGGAGGAAUGCAGGGCCGGCGUCGACUACGGAGAAUCAACCCCCCAUCGGUCGGCCCAAGUCCUCGUCCAGCCAGCAGCCCCAAGGCGGGUCGGCUCCGAUGGGGCAAUUCGGGCUGGGUCAGCCGCCACAAUCUGCUGGGCUCCGUGGCACGCGGCCUUUCCCGUUGACGAGCGACAACAACAUCUCCAGCCAGACGGCGAGCGACCACAACAACCUCAACACCUACGGCGGCAUGCCUCUGAUGACCCCGUUCCCGCCCGGCGCCAGCUGGGCUUCCAUGACCAACACGCCCAUGGUGCCGACCUUCAACCACCACGCUCAGGCCGCCAGCCAGGCCGACAUGAUCGCCAACGCCACCGCCAUGAAGCUCGCCGCGCUCAGCACCGUCAACAACCGCAUCCAGCUCGACGACGUGCGCAAGUACCGACGCGCGAGGUCCCAGGAGGGCGGGGCGGGCUCCGGUCAGCCCAUGUCGCCCGCCGGCCUGCCGCACAACAACAUCCUCAUGACCAACGAGCACGGCCAGAUCCUCACCCCCGAGCAGGCCGCCCUCCUCCAGCAGCAGCAGAUCGCCGCCUUGCAGGGUCGACGCAGCCGCCCCGCCAGCCCGGGCAUCGCCAUCACGGGGCCCGUGGGCGGGAUGCAACCCCACUUCAUGCACCAGAACAACGGCUUCCUGACGGCGCUGAACGGCAACCAGCACUCUGCCGCCCUCGCCGGCCUCAACGCCGGCCUGGCGGGCAUGAACCUCGGCGGCUACCCCAACGGCGCCGGCUACCUGUCCGACGCGUCGGAGAUCCUGCGGGGCCGCUCGCCGCGCGGCCGCCGCGGCAGCUCGAAGCCCCCGGAGGACCCCACCGACCUGGCCCUGCUCCAGGACAUCCCCAACUGGCUGCGCACCCUCCGCCUGCACAAGUACACCGACCAGCUCAAGGACGUGCCGUGGAAGGAGCUCGUGCAGCUGGACGAGGCCGGCCUCGAGGGCAAGGGCGUCGCGGCCAAGGGCGCCCGGAGCAAGCUGCUGAAGGUUUUCGAACAGGUCCGCGAAGCGCAGGCGGAAGGUCGACUGUGA